AUGGGAGCGUCGGACAAAGCUGUGGGUCUCGUGCUGCUGGCCAUUAGCGUCGUCGUCUUCGUCUACUACAGCAUUUGGGUGCUGCUUACGCCGUUCGUUGACGAGGACCACAUCAUCCAGCAGUUCUUCCUGCCGUACCACUACGCCAUCACGAUCCCUGCGGUGCUGCUCGUGCUGCUCUUUACUGGAGCCGCCACCUUCAUCGGAAUGGUCAUGAUCAAGAGUCAGAAGAAGAAGAAAAGCGACUAG